AUGUACAGCAUCAUAUGUUUGGAUUUCGAUAUCUAUCUAUCUAUCUAUCUAUCUAUCUAUCUAUCUAUCUAUCAAUAUUUUUUAUUUAGAUAUAAAGAAACAUUUAUUUUUUUACCAUUAAAAUAUUCUUUCUUUAUUGUCCUUCUUUCAUUAAUUUUUCUCUCUUUAAUUUUUAUUGUUUCUUUGCUUUUCAUUUCUUUUCAUUCUUUCUUUUUUUAUCACGUCUUUUUACUUACGUUCUUUCUUCUUGUUUGCUUUCUUUCUUUUCUUUUUUCUUCUUUGUUUUAUUUUUUUAAAAUCUUUUGGUUUAUUUUCCUUCCGUAUUUAUUUUCUUCUGUUUUCUUUUUUCUUUGCCUUGUCCUUUUCCCUUCCUUUCUUCAUUUUAUUUCUUUAUUUUAUACUUUCUUUUCACUUCUUACUGUAUUUCUUUCUUUUCCUUGUCCUUUUCUCUUUCUUUCGCUGUUCUAUUUCUUUCCGUCUGCCUGUCUGUUUUUCUUUGUGCCUUCUUUAUUUAUCCUUUCUUUUUAUUCCUUUUUAUUUCUUUUCGUUUUUCUUUUGCGUUUUUAUCUUUUUUUAAUUCUUUUUUCUUCAUUUUCAAUUUCCAUCAUUACAACUCUUUCAUAUUUGAUAUCUUCAAAAACUCAUUCUUUCUUCUUGUUUUCUGUUCGUAAUUCUUUUUUCUUCAGAUUCUUUUUCUUUCUUCUUUUCAUUUUCGUCCCCCGCUAUCCCAUUAACUCUCUUUAUAUGAUUUUCUUCCUCUUCUUCUCAGUUGUACUCUCCUCCCUUUUAAUAUUUUUGCUCUCUUUCUUUCGUUUUCUGUUUCAUUCUUUCGUUCCACUUAAUUUUUCCUCUUUGUUUCUUUCCUCUUACUUUAUUCUUCCUUUUCUCUUUAUACUUCCUCUUUCUUUCUUUCUUUCUUUCUUUCUUUCUUUCUUUCUUUCUUUCUUUCUUUCUUUCUUUCUCUUAUUUUUGUCAUUCUUUCUUUCUUUCUUUUUUGUUUCUUUCGCUUAA